GAACAUGGAAAACAAUGUGAAGAAGAAGUUUUUAAUAUAAAGAUGUUCAUUAGAACAAGUACAUAAAGAAUGUGAAUCAAUUAUUGAUGAGUUAUGUUUAAAAUCUACUAAACCAACUGAAGAUUUAACAAGUCGAGUUGAAAAUACAGAAUAA